AAUACUCCGCCAAAAAAUCUCAAAGGAAAUUUCUGUGAGAAAAAUACUAAAUAUCCCUAGUUAUCUCCCUAGUGGAAAAGAAGAAAGUUUAUGACAACAUAACCUAUUAAAUACACGUUUGUGUUCGUUGAAAUCAGAAUAAUGUAAUUUCAUGUGCGUUUUUCAGUGUUUUUUCUGUUUUUUACUGAAAUUUUAUGAAUUCUUUAUUCAAUAAAAUAAUCAAUCAAUAUUUAUUUAUAAGAUUUUCUUUGUAAAUAUUAUAAAAACAACUUGAAAAUGAGACGAGCUCGUUUAAAAGUACAGGCAACUGUGCCAAUUCGUCGAAAAUUACAAGAACAAAUAAAAACAGAAGCUGAAAAACCUCCAAAUUCAACUUCAGAUAAUGAUAAACAAAUUACAGAUUCCGCUGCAAAUGAGGUUUCAAAUUCUACUGUUGACACGGAAAAAUCAGUAAAAAUUUCUAAUUUAAAUAUUGUGAAUUCUGAUAAUGAAAAUAGAGAAAAAUGCCUUGAUUUAAAACAAAACGAGACUGAAAAAUCAACAGAUUCUAUUGCACAGACUGAGAAUAAUUUAAAUAAAAAUGUAUCAAUUAAAAUUGAAUUAAAUAAUGUGAAACAAGAAUUUGCUGAAAAGAUCGUUGAAAAUCGAAAUGUCGAUAUUAAUAAAGAAACAAAUAAUUUAGAAAAUUUAAUUAAUACUGAAACUAAUAAAGAACAAAAUCCUCCAAGCAAUACGAAUAAUGAAGUCGAAAAACAAAUUCCCACGAAUAAUAAAGAUGAUAAUGUGGAUAAAAAUCAAAGUGAUCAAGAAAGUCAAGAAAUUUCGAGUGUAAAUUCUUCAAAACACAUUUCAAAUCGUUCUUGUUUUAUGCGACCAACACCGCGUCUCGACAGUGGUGGAAGAGUUCGAAAAAAUAGCGUUCAAGGAAGUGGAGCAAGUGCAAGUGAAUCGGAAGACGAUGGUAGAAAAUCCUCUAUUCCCAUGCGAGUAAGAAACGAUUCAAUUUGUUCUGUACAAAGUAACAAGGAUGUAUCAAGUGGUGCUCACAAUAUUUCAAAAAUAAAAGUUGGCCAACAAAAGAGACGACUAACUGUUUCUGAAUCGGCAAAAAAAUUAGCCGAUGCACGAAGGGAAUUUAUGUUGAAACACGAGAAUAAAACACCCGAUCGAAAUAAAUUGACAAUGUACGAUUUGAUUUAUUAUAAUCCAGUUACUAAUCCAAUGACAAGAUUAGAAAAUCCAUCGUCUACCAGGAAAUUGUCCGUUUGCUCAAACGCCGUUGAAGAAACUCAGGAAAAUGAAGAGGAGGAGGAAGACGAACCAACUGCGAUGCCAGUACCUCGAGUGAAAGUCGGUCCCGAUGGACAAUUAAUUGUCGAUGAAAAGAGUUUAAUUAUUGAGCGAACCGAACAAAAGAAUAGAUCAGGACCAAUAGUUCACGAUGAAACUAACGGAGGUGGUUUCUAUAAACGACGUCAAAAAAGUAAGGACUGGUCAAAAUGGGACACGUUACGAUUUUAUAAAGCACUCAGUAAUAUUGGCACCGAUUUUCUUCUCAUGCAAAGUUUCUUUCCAAAAAGAACGCGACAAGAAUUGAAACUCAAAUUUAAAAAGGAAGAGAAAACAAAUCGAACAUUAAUCGAACAGGCUCUUAAAUGUCAAGUUUUUGACAUGGAAACCUUAAAAGAGGAAAUGGAAGCUAUGGACGAAAGUGAAAGAAAAGAAACAGAGGCCUUGAAAAUGAAAGCAGAAGUUGCCAAAAAGCAAAGAUCAAAACGUCCCUCUAAAUGCUUUGUGAUUGGAAGUAUUGAAGAACUUGGAAAUUCUGGUGACGAUGAUAUUGACGGUGAUUUAAGUUCCAGUGAAUCGAGAAACGAUGAGACACAAAAAAAAUCGAGACGAACGAGACGUAAACGAAAAUCAAUGAAUUCAUUGACCGUUUUUGAUGAGAUGAAUGAAUCGAGCAGUGAUACGGAAGACAUGGAAAUUUAUAAUGUAAAACCAACGAGAUCGGGAAGAUUGCCAAAGAGACGAAAAUUACAAGCACCAAAUAUAGAAUCAUCCGAUUAUUCCGAUGUUGAUGAAUCUAUACCGCAAGAUUCGAAAACAACAAAUGUAAAAGAAACAGAAAAAUCUGAAUCACAGUCACAUGAUAUUAUUUCAAAUGUCAUUCCCAAUAUAAAAGAUAUUGAGCCCGGAUCAUUGGUUAUUUUAACGCGUGAAUCACCUGGUGAACCUGGAAAAACAGUCGUACAAGUUUACAUGGUAAGUAAAGAUUAUAAUGCAAAUGAUCCAAAUUCCGAACAAAAUAUGACACCUGUUGAUUUGUCACCUGAACUUUUGGCAACGGUGAAUUCAAAAAUUUCUGAAGCUCAACCCGUGCAUGUCAAAUCACAUGCAACAAAUGUUAGUGAAUAAAGAUUUAUAAUAUAUAUAUUAUAUAUAAAAAAAAGUUAUGUGAUUAAUUUGAUAAACUUGUAUAAAAGAAUACUAUUUUUUUUCUUCGAAUAAUCGUUUUUCAAUGCAAACGCAUUUUUUGUGAUGUCAUUUAUAAAGUGUAAAUUUGUAAUUGUACUUUUCUACAGUAGUUAAUAUACUUAGAAUUACAUGGAA